CGGCCACGUUAGCACAGGAAAAAAUAUUCUGUAUUUGAUAUUUGAUAGUCCAAGUAAUCACUUAGUAAUCUGUGGCGAUAAAAUGAAUAAUUUUUACUGUUCCUUUGUGAGCAUCCACUAUAUUAUCUGUGAGUGCGGAGAUACAUUUCCAACAGAAGAAGGUCUUCAAUUACAUUUAGAGAGUGAACACAAAACUCCGAGUAUCGAAAGAAAUGAAUACCAAUGCAGUACGUGCGAUAAGAUCUUCCCGACUGAGAAGUUGUGCCUUAUCCACCUACAAGUUCACUCAAGGAAUGUCAGAGCCAAGCGUGAGCCGAAAAACCCAUCUCCAAACAAAAAGAGAUACUUCACCUGCAAAAACAUCGUGUGUGAAGUCUGUGGCAAGAGAUAUGCAUCGAACGCAGCGUUACGUUAUCACCAGAGGGUUCACACCGGGGAGAGGCCGUACCAAUGUACCAUGUGCCCCAAGACCUUCACUAUGCCUCUAUUCCUGCAGAUCCAUAUACGCACGCACACGGGCGAGCGUCCGUACGAGUGUCCUCUAUGUCCCAAGGCAUUCAGCAAUAAGGCAGCCUUGUUGAGACACGAUAGGGUGCACACGGGGAUAAAACCUUACGAAUGCCCGCAAUGUGGGAAAUUCUUCACACAAUCCAACUCUAUGAAGCUGCACGUCAAAACUGUGCACUUGAAAAUGCCGACACCAUACAAAAGCAAGAACAGGCGGGCAAAGCAAGCUCUGAGACGUAGCAACAUAGCAAUGCACGGCCAUCCUGAACGCGUGAGGGGUCCAGUGAAGGAGUACGACCCGCGGGACAAGGUGGAGGUCAAGAUUGAAACGAAUGAGGACAGUGUGCAGCAAUUAGAGUAUGAAGACUGCGAUGUUGAUGGCGACGGUGAUGUCUACCAUGAGGUUUACCAAGAUCACGAUCAAGAACAGGCUGAGUACGAGAACAUAAAAGUGGAGGUCAGCGAAAUACCCAUGUAUGAAGAAGACGUUGAACAGUCUGACGUUAUCUACGAAGAGGUCUACGAGAUGGAAGAAAUAUAAAUAUGUAUCAGAAAAUACAAAUGUAUACAUCAUUUAUGCUAAUCAGUAUAAAAUUGUAAUUGACACCAUGUGUCUAAAUAUAGUGGUCACUCUUUUGCACUAAUAACAGGUGAGUGAGUCCACUCACUUCACAUGCCGUUACAUUGUGACAGAUUUAAAGCAAUACAACAUCUUACCUACGAGAUCGAGGCAAUUUAGAUGUGUAUCUGAAAAUUCAAUUGCAUACAUCAUGUUAAUCAGUAUAAAAUUGUAAUAGCCACUAUGUGUCUAAAUAUAGUGGUCACUCUUUUGCACUAAUCACAGGUGAGUGAGCUCACUCACUUCACGAGCUCAAUAGAACACCUUAUAUAGUUUUUAAACGUCUAUGUUGAGUUGUCAAGGACCGAAACAAUGUGUUUGAUCUAUGCCAAGUUAUGUAAGAAACAAUGUGCUUUAACUCAUUAAACUAGUAAUAGCCAAAAUAUCUAUGUGAGGAGAGUUUGUAAGACAGUCUGAUGUUACCUACGAAGAGAUCUACGAGAUGGGGGAAAUUUAGAUCUGAUAAAGUCAAAAGUCAAAGUCAAAGUCAAAUAUUUCUUUAUUCAAAUAGGCACAUAUAUGGCAUUUUUGAUGCGUACAUUACAUGUAAAAUAUAACAUAGAAGUGAGUUAAUACCAUUAUGUUAAUCAGUAUAAAGUUGUACUGGACACCACAUGCCAAAAUAAAGUGAUCACUCUCUUGCACUAAUGACAGGUGAGUGAGCUCACUCACUUCACAUAUCGACACAUUGUGACAAAUUGAACCUACACUAGGCCUUCAGUAGUAUUUAAAAGUGUAAUCUAUACAGAGUUGUACGUGAAACAAUGUGUUUUGAGGCCCCGGGAGACGUAUAAGAUUUUCUCGCUCGCUAUCGAGGUGUCGUUUUCGCAAAUACAGCCGAGUCUAAGGCUGUGGGUUCGAUUCCCACCACUGUAAAAGGUUUGCGUGAUAAACAUGACUGUUUUUUAGUUAUGGGUGUUUGUAUCAUCAUUGUAAUCUUUCAUUCAUUUGUCUUAUAUUCAUCCACAAAUUAUGUAGUUCUAUCUAGUUAGUGUCC